CCUUUCGAUGCUCUUCUGCCAUUGCUAGGGUUUUUGGUUUUGUGCUCCGUCGUCUGCAUUCUCUGUCUCUCUCGUUCGCCUCAGCUAUGGCGAAGAACAGGAACAAGAAGAAGCGGAACGCUGCCGUUGCAAUGGACAUCACUGAACAAACUGUCUUCGACGGUCCUCUAGCGAUGGACACUUCAGAAUCUGGAGCUAAAAGUUCAGCUGCAGGUGCCGCGAAUAGAAAUAUCAGGAAGGGAAGACCAAUGAAAAGAACGAAGAAUGUCAGGAAGAUGAAGGCGAUAGCAAAGGCCGUAUCAAAGAAUGAGCAGAUUGUGGAGAAAGUUUCAAAGAACGAUAGCAAAUCCGUGAGAACCCAAUCUGCAAAAACUCUUUAUGAUUAACUUGGCUCAAUCAUUGGUCCACACUCUUUUUUGAUGAAGAGGGAGUAGAAUCAUCAUAGGAGUUUCAGUUUCUUAGUUCUAGCAUUUGCAUUUUACAUAUGAAUUAUUCUUACUUCCAGAUAAGAUGGAAGGUGUAAUUAUCAGCUAUCUUCAUCUUUAUUUGGUGAUAGCUUUUGGACUGAAAUGUUCGUGUAUGGCCUAUAUAAAGCUUGGAAGAUUUUGAUUGUA